AUGCAAGUGUCCGAUAAGGUACCGGGCAAGGAAACCACUAAUCCUUUCGUCUGGCCCGUGGAGUUGGGUCAGGUGGAAGCAGGUCUGGUGCCGAUUGCAGCAAGCAAAUCAGCUGGGGGGAAACUGCACAACACACCUCUGGGGCUGGCGUGGAGGCAACUGCACUACCGCACAGCCAAACUGAAAGGGGUGCACCGCUCUGCGCAUCUGAUCGCCUUCUUUGCUAUGGAAGCAAUGGCCGAGCUGCAAGUAAACGUUCCGUCCACCGCGCCGGGCUGGCUGUUUUCCCUUUACGCGGCCAACACUGUCCUGCUGAUCACGUCCAACUUUUUCGCCCUGAUGGUCAGCACGUGCCUGCUGCCUCGGAUGAGCGCCAUCUCCGAAGAGUACGACGUCGACCAUCUGCGCGCGGUGCCGUCCUUUUCCAUGCACGACCGGCUGCACGGUUUGGUCUCACUGAGCGCCGGCCUGGCCCACGUGCUUGGCCUCUUUCUCUUCCUGGUCGAGAUAAUCCUGCUCAACUGGGUUAAAUUCUGGGACUUCUCAGAGCCGGCAGCGCUGGCCGGCUCCUUGACCAUGGUCCCUUUUCUCCUCCUGUUUGUAGUGACGUUUUUCCACUUUCGCAAAACCUUGGCCGAACACGCCUGCAGCACACGCAUGUCCAGGAUCGAGGUGCGGAUCGAGUUGAAGAAUGUCGCGUGA